AUGUACAGUGUAGAAGACCUCCUGAUUUCUCAUGGAUACAAGCCGUCAAGAGAUCUUCCGGCACCACAUGAGGGUCGCCAGCCAGCAAGGGCAAGAGAGAGAGUGGGCCAUGGCUUGGUGAACGGAUGUGAGGAUGGCCCUGCUGCCUUCCUACAAAAUAAGGCAUCCCUGGGGACAAGACAUGUGAGUGAUUCUGAAAGUGAGCACCAUGCACUGAGAGCCCGAGGAGAGACCCAGAGCGCCUCUGCUGCCAGGAUGUCUGAGGAGGGGUUUUCUCACCAACCCAGGCUGGUGUGGUCCUCUCAGCAUCAAAGUGGUCACAACCAUGCCUACUGGAGAAGAGGACAGGAAGUCGGUGGCCUGCUGGCUCCUAGAGACCGAGAAGACCUGCAGAUUCGUAUGACCCUAGCAGAGUGGAGCGGGUGUGAUGAGAUGCCAGUGAAGUGCACCCACCAUGUUGCAAAUUGA